UCAACGGCGAGAUCAAUGGUAACCUUUGGCAAAAAGUUACCACGCCACGAUCUGCAAAACACGUUCCCCGAGGGUGUAGCCGUGAAUGUCACGAAGAAUCGUUCGAUUCGCUAUCGCGUACACUGUUGCGCAAUAUGCCGAUUUUCUACCAUAUGCUCGCGCCCUGUCUCUCGGACCACUAGGAUCCUAGUCGAUGCAAGGAAAUUAGAUCAGUUGGUGUUCAGACAGCGGGACUUGGUACACGCUUGUCGGACGGGCUUGCAGUUAGUUCGAACUGAGUGCACGACCUCACUGAAUGAGAUUGGUGUUUCGGUUUCUUUAGACUUUCUUGGUCUAAGCUCGAGGAUUUACACAUCGAGCCUUGACUCGAAAUCACUCGUGCAUCGUAGGAUGCAGCUGAUCAUCCUCCUAGUGGAGCUGCUCUGCGCUUCAGCGACCGCGGAGAUCCUAGAAACCAUAGCCCAAUGGCCGUUGUUGGACUUCGCCCUCCCGUACGAACGAGAAUUCCUCAAUCAGUAUCGUCCAGAGAACGUGGUGCCCACCGGGAUCGAGAUUGGCUGGGACAGGAUCUUCGUCAGCGUACCGAGAUUGCGAGCCGGCAUCCCGGCGACAUUGAACUACAUCCCGAGGAAUCUUCCGUUGGAGAGCAGCCCGCAACUCCAUGCUUACCCAUCCUGGGACUGGCACGCCGCCGGACGAGGCGACCUGAACUGCUCCACGUUGAUCUCCGUGUACAGGACGAAGCUGGACAAGUGUGAUCGGCUGUGGGUCGUCGACAGCGGCGUGAUGACGUCGAUCGAAGACUUCAGGCCAGUUUGCCCACCGAAGAUAAUGGUCUUCGACUCGAAAACCAAUCAACUGACGCGACAGUUCACGUUCCCGCGAGAGGUUCUGAGACCGAACACGCUGCUGACAAACAUGAUCAUCGACGACACCGCUGCAACUACUUGCGACGAUGUAUUCCUUUAUAUAUCUGACACCACUGGACCUGGUAUGCUGGUGUUCGACGGCGCGACGGAGAGAAGUUGGCGAGUGGUGCACGCGACCAUGUAUCCCCAUCCGGAUUUCUCGACUUAUCGGAUUGGUAGCGACACGUUCGAAUUGUUGGACGGGGUCGUUGGCCUGGGGUUCUCCGCCAGACUCGGGACCGUUUACUAUCAACCGUUGGCGACCGAUCGUCUGUUCAGCGUGCCAACAACUGCGCUUCAAGCGGGUCCUCCAUCGUUUGGCGAGCAACUGCCUGUGACCCUAGUGGGUAAAAAAUCCAGUCAAGGUCUCGCUCUGGCCGUCGACCCUCGAGACGAUACGAUUCUGUUUUCCCCGCUUACUGAAACAGCCAUCGCCGCCUGGCAACCGCAGACCAAUAGACAGAGGAUUUUAGCUUACAACCCGGAGAAGCUUCAGUUCGUUGCUGAGAUACGAUGCACAGAACGUGAUGACGGCAACUAUUGGCUGCUGAGCACCAGGUUUCAAAAGUUCUUCAGACAGGAGGUGAACGCGCGCGACAUCAACAUUCGAUUAAUGAGGCUGGUACCAAUGCAGUAUCCGAAACAUCCGACAAACAUUCUCAAUUCGUUCAGUCAGCCUUACUUCCCGCCACAGUUCUACAACAACACGAUAGGAUUCUAGAUAGAAAACUAAGUAAUAACCGGAGAAUCGUGUCAUUUACAUACGUACACACGUCGACAGGAGAUUUUCCACGAGACUCAAGAAAUCGAUGAAGCGUCAUAAAUUUUUAUCGAACUAAAAAAAAGAGAAGAAGAAAAUGACGUCGCUUGCGUGGAAUAAAAUGGCAAUUUUACAAAUCACAUUCGACGAAAGAAAAUAGAUAGGACGCUGUUAAAAAAUUUCGAGAUAGAUGCACGUUAGAAAGUAGUAGGAGAUCGUAGUGAAUCAUUUGUAAAGCGCAGCAUUGUAUGGUGAAAAAAUAGAAAUAUUUUGUAUUUUC